CCCACACGGCGCGCGGCCCCGGGCAACCGGCGCCACACAACAAGAUGGCGGGCGCGUCGCCGGACGCCUGAGGGGACGGGCUGCGCGUCUCCGACCGCUCGUCCCGCGGCCUGCUCCGCUCGGCUCCUCGGCGGUUUUGAUGGACAUCUGGCCUUAUUCUUGCCAUGAAGAAAGGUUCUCAGCAAAAGUUUUCGAAAGCAAAGAUGCCACCAUCAUCUCACUCUCCUAGUCCACCAUCCCUUACGUCCAAUAUGAGAUCUAGGUCACUUUCGCCUCUAAGUGGAUCUGAGACUCUGCCUUUUCAUUUUGGAGGACCGUGGCAUGAGCAAGUUGAGAUUACAGAUGAAAGCACAGUGGUUUUAGACUACCAAGACCAUAAAGAAGCUGAUUCACAUGCAGGAGUCCGAUAUAUUACAGAGGCCCUUGUUAGAAAACUUACUAAACAGGACAAUUUGGCCUUGGUAAAAUCUCUGAACCUUUCACUUGCUAAAGGUGGUGGCAAGAAAUUCAGGUGUAUCGAAAAUUUGGAAAAAUGUGUUAAACUUGAAGUACUGAAUCUCAGCUAUAAUCUAAUAGGAAAGAUUGAGAAAGUGGACAAACUGUUAAAAUUACGUGAACUCAACUUAUCGUAUAACAAAAUCCGCAAAAUUGAAGGCAUAGAAAAUUUAUAUAAUCUGCAAAAGCUGAACCUUACAGGAAAUGAAAUCGAACAUAUCCCAGUAUGGUUAGGGAAGAAGUUAAAAUCUUUGCGAAUCCUGAAUCUGAAAGGCAACAAGAUAUCAUCGCUCCAAGAUGUAAGCAAGUUGAAACCACUUCAAGAUUUGACUUCUCUGAUCCUACUUGAAAAUCCAGUUGCGACCCUUCCUCAUUAUAUCCAGUUUACCAUUUUUCACCUUCGCUCAUUGGAAAGUUUGGAAGGUCAGCCAGUAACUAGUCAGGACAGACAAGAAGCUUUUGCGAGAUUCAGUUUAGAUGAGGUAGAAAGACUGGAAAGAGACCUGGAGAAGAAGACAAUGGAAACUGAAGAGCUUAGGAGUGAGCAGACAAGGUUCCUUGAGGAAAUUAAAAGUCAGGAUAAAUUGAACAAAUCACUGAAAGAGGAGGCCAGACUACAAAAACAGAGCUAUGAGGAGCUGGAGAGUAACCUAAACACCAAAAAUGAAUUGCCCUUGUCUUGGUUUCUUGCAGAGCAUUUUCUGCCGAUUCUUUAUUCUUCCUUAAAGCUAAAACAGAAGACCAUGGAACUAAUGCGAGCAUGUCAGAAACAGUAUGAGAUGGAACAGGAGUUGGCCUUUUAUAAAAUUGAUGCCAAAUUUGAACCACUAAAUUAUUACCCAUCAGAGUAUGUCGAAAUUGAUAAAACCCCAGAUGAAAGCCCUUACAUUGGCAAAUCCAGAUACAAGAGAAAUAUGUUCACUACAGAGAGUUAUAUUAUUGCAAAUGCCCAGACAGUAAAGAUCAAGAAGAUGGAGCUAGAUGAAGGGGAACAACUCAGAAAUGAGCACGUGAACUUGGGAGCAUCGCCAACAGACAUACAACUGGAAGACAAAGAAAAAAAAAUAAGUGCAGCACAAACUCGACUAUCAGAACUACAUGAUGAAAUAGAAAAGGCAGAACAACAAAUUUUAAGAGCCACUGAAGAAUUUAAACAACUGGAAGAAGCUAUACAACUUAAAAAAAUUUCAGAAGCGGAGAAAGACCUUCUUUUCAAGCAGUUGAGUGGUAGGAUACAGCUUCUCAAUAAAUUACGCCAAGAAGCUGUGGAUCUAGAAACACAGAUGGAAAAGCAAAGGCAAGAAAUUGGUGAAAAGCAGAAUGAGAUCAAGGACCUGGAAAUAGUCACAGAUAGCCUGGAUUCCAGAGACCCAAAACAUUGCCAUAUGAAGGCUCAGAAAAGAGGUAAAGAACAACAACUUGACAUUAUGAACAAGCAGUACAAACAGCUUGAAAGCCGUUUGGAUGAGAUACUUUCUAGAAUUGCCAAAGAAACUGAAGAGAUUAAGGACCUUGAAGAACAGCUUACUGAAGGACAAAUAGCCGCAAACGAAGCCCUGAAGAAGGACUUAGAAAGUGUCAUCAGUGGGUUGCAAGAAUACCUGGAGACUGUCAAAGGUCAGGCCCGUCAGGCCCAGAAUGAGUGCAGAAAGCUACAGGAUGAGAAGGAGACAUUGCUGCAGAGAUUGAGUGAGGUCGAGCAGGAGAGGGACCAACUGGAAAUAGUGGCCAUAGAUGCAGAAAAUAUGAGGAAGGAGCUCGCAGAACUGGAGAAUGCCCUCCAGGAGCAGCAUGAGGUGAAUAUAUCUCUGCAGCAGACCCAGGGAGAUCUCAGUGCCUAUGAGGCUGAGCUAGAGGCUCAGCUGAAAAUACGGGAUGCUGAAGCCAACCAGCUCAAGGAGGAGUUGGAAAAACUUAGAAGGUUGAGCCAGUUAGAACAAUCGGCCCUUCAAGCAGAGCUUGAGAAGGAAAAGCAAGCCCUUAAGACUGCUGUCAAAAAAGCCCAGCUCUCAGAAGGAAAGGACCAAGAAAAUAGUGAGCUCCGCACACAACUCCAACAGCUGCAGGAUGACAAUGACCUAUUGAAACAGCAACUUAAAGAUUUCCAGAGUCACCUUAACCAUGUGGUUGAUGGUUUGAUUCGUCCAGAAGAAGUGGCAGCUUGUGUGGAUGAGCUAAGGAAAAAACUGAAGUCAGGAGCUGGGGAAAUGAGAAUCCAUACUCCUUCAGAUGUCUUAGGGAAAAGUCUUGCUGACUUGCAGAAGCAAUUCAGUGAGAUCCUGGCACGCUCCCAGUGGGAAAGACAGGAAGCACAAGUGAGAGAGAGAAAACUCCAGGAGGAAAUGGCUCUGCAACAAGAGAAACUGGCGAGCGGACAAGAGGAGUUCAGGCACGCCUGCGAGAGGGCCCUGGAAGCCCGAAUUAGUUUUGAUAAGAGGCAGCACGAAGCAAGAAUCCAGCAGUUGGAGAAUGAAAUUCACUAUUUGCAAGAAAAUCUAAAAAGUAUGGAGGAAAUCCAAGGUCUCACAGACCUCCAACUUCAGGAAGCUGAUGAAGAGAAGGAGAGAAUUCUGGCCCAACUCCGGGAGUUAGAGAAAAAGAAGAAACUUGAGGAUGCCAAGUCUCAGGAGCAGUUUCUUGGAUUAGAUAGAGAAUUGAAGAAGCUAAAGAAAGCUGUGGCUGCCUCUGAUAAGCUGGCCACAGCUGAGCUCACCAUUGCCAAAGACCAGCUCAAGUCCCUUCAUGGAACUGUGAUGAAAAUUAACCAGGAGCGAGCAGAGGAGCUGCAGGAGACGGAGAGGUUCAGCAGAAAGGCAGCACAAGCAGCUAGGGAUCUGAUCCGAGCAGAAGCGGAGAUUGAACUCCUGCAGAAGCUUCUCAGAGAUAAAGAGGAGCAGUUUCGAAAUGAGAUUGAGAAAGUAGAUGUCGGCUCUGGAGGAGCAAAGUCACAGAUGCUGGAGAUGGAGAAACUAAAUGAGACAAUGGAGAGGCAAAGAACAGAGAUUGCUAGGCUGAGGAAUUUACUAGACCUCACCGGGGCUGAUAACAAAGGAAACUUUGAAAAUGUUUUGGAAGAAAUUGCUGAACUUCGACGUGAAGUUUCUCAUCAGAAUGAUUACAUCAGCAGCAUGACAGAUCCUUUCAAAAGACGAGGCUAUUGGUACUUUAUGCCACCACCAUCAUCAUCAAAAGUUUCCAGCCACAGUUCCCAGGCCACCAAGGACUCUGGUGUUGGCCUAAAGUACACAGCCUCCACUCCGGUUAGAAAACCACAUCGUGGACGGCAGGAUGGAAAGGAGAACAGUGGGCCUCCACCUGCCUCAGGAUACUGGGUGUAUUCUCCUAUCAGGAGUGGGUUACAUAAAUCGUUCUCAAAUAGAGACGCAGACAGUGGAGGAGAUAGCCAGGAAGAGAGCGAGCUAGAUGACCAAGAAGACCACCCAUUUGUACCUCCUCCUGGAUACAUGAUGUACACUGUGUUUCCUGAUGGUUCUCCUGUACCCCAGGGCAUGGCCCUGUAUGCACCCCCUCCUCCCUUGCCCAACAAUAGCCAGCCUCUUGACCUUGGCACUGUUGUUUAUGGCCCACCUCCUGUUGGGGCUCCCAUCGUGUAUGGGCCUCCACCUCCCAACUUCUCCGUACCCCUCAUCCCCGUGGGUGUGCUGCACUGCAAUGUCCCAGAACACCAUAACUUGGAGAAUGAAGUUUCUAGAUUAGAAGACAUAAUGCAGCAUUUAAAAUCUGGGAAACGGGAACAGUGCAUGAAAACACCCAAGCUGCAGUCGGAGAAAGAACUCGCAGAGCUGCAGCAUAACAUUGAUGGUCUUUUGCAAGAGAAGAAAGACUUAGAGCAUGAAGUAGAAGAAUUACAUAGAACCAUCCAAAAACAUCAACAGCGAAAAGAUUUCAUUGAUGGAAACGUUGAGAGUCUUGUGAAUGAUCUAGAAAUAGAGAAGUCACUCAAACACCAUGAAGAUAUUGUUGAUGAAAUUGAAUGUAUUGAGAGGACCCUUCUGAAGCGCCGUGCAGAGCUCAGGGAAGCCGACCGGCUGCUGACGGAGGCUGAAAGUGAACUUUCAUGCACGAAAGAGAAAACAAAACAUGCUGUUGAGAAGUUCACUGAUGCCAAGAGAAAUUUAUUGCAAACUGAGAAAGAUGCUGAAGAGUUAGAAAGGAGAGCCCAGGAAACUGCCAUUAACCUCGUCAAAGCCGACCAGCAGCUGAGAUUGCUCCAGGCUGACACGAAGGAUUUGGAGCAGCACAAAAUGGAGCAAGAGGAAAUCUUGAAAGAAAUAAACAAAGUUGUUGCAGCAAAAGACUCAGACUUCCAGAGCCUAAACAAGAAGAAGGAAGUACUGACAGGAGAGCUGCAGAAACUCCAGAAGGACAUUGAGACUGCACGGCACAAUGAGGAUCAGCACCUGCAGGUCCUUAAAGAGUCGGAGACCCUCCUGCAGGCCAAGAAAGCUGAGCUGGAAAAUCUGAAAAGCCAGGUGUCAGGACAGCAGCAGGAGAUGGCCGUCUUGGACAGGGAGUUAGGACACAAGAAGGAAGAGCUGCAUCUCCUCCAGGAAAGCAUGGUCCAGGCCAAAGCUGACCUCCAGGAAGCACUGAGACUAGGAGAAAGCGAAGUAACUGAGAAGUGCAAUCACAUUAGGGAAGUAAAAUCUCUUCUGGAAGAACUCAGUUUUCAGAAAGGAGAACUGAAUGUCCAGAUCAGUGAAAAAAAAACUCAACUUGCACUCAUAAAGCAGGAAAUUGAAAAAGAGGAAGACAAUCUUCAGGUAGUUUUAGGGCAAAUGUCUAAACAUAAAACUGAACUAAAGAAUAUUCUGGACAUGUUGCAACUUGAAAAUAAUGAGCUGCAAGGUUUGAAGCUCCAACAUGACCAAAAGAUGUCUGAAUUAGAGAAGACUCGGGUUGAAGUGCUGGAGGAGAAACUGGAGUUAGAGAGUCUGCAGCAGGCAGCCCUGCGACAGAGAGGGGAGAUAGAGUGGCAGAAGCAGCUCCUCCAGAGGAACACACAGGAAGUAGAGCGGAUGACUGCUGAGACCCGAGCAUUACAGUCGUGUGUUGAGUCUUUGUGCAAAGAAAAGCAAGAUCUCGAAGAAAAACAGGACAGCUGGGAAAAGAAGUUGGCACAGACCAAACGGGUUCUAGCAGCUGCAGAAGAGGACAGCGAGAUGGAGCGGGCACGCUUAGAAAAGUUGGAACUGGACGCCAGGAAGCUGCAGCAGGAGUUGGACCAACGAAACAGGGAGAAGCUCUCCCUGCAUCAAGACCUGGCAGUGGUGCAGCAGCAGCUACAAGAAAAACAGGAAGCAGUAAACUCAUUACAGAAGGAACUAGCUGAUGUCCAGGAGCAUUUGGACCUAGCAGAACAGGAGGUGCUCUGCACCACCAAGCGCAAGGACGCACUGCUCAGCGAACAGACCAGGCUCGAGAAGGACGUGGGUGAAUGGACGAAGAAGUUUGAAGACUGCCAGAAAGAAGGGGAGACAAAGCAGCAACAGCUUCAAGGGCUUCAGAAGGAGAUUGAAGGAAACGAGGCGAAGCUAGCCCAACAAGAAAUGAUGUUUCAGAGACUCCAGAAAGAGCGAGAAUGUGAAGAAAAAAAGUUAGAAGCUAGUAAAGUGACUCUGAAGGAGCAGCAGCAACAGCUGGAAAAGGAAUUGAUGGAGCAGAAAGGCAAGCUGGACCAGGUGCUCGCUAAGCUCUUGGUGGCUGAGGAGCGUGUCAGGACCUUGCAGGAGGAGGGAAGGUGGAGCGAGACCCUGGAGAAGACGCUCUCCCAGACCAAGCGACAGCUUUCAGAACGGGAGCAGCAGUUACUGGCCAAGUCAGACGAGCUGCUGGCCCUGCAGAAGGAGACGGACUCCAUGAGGGCGGACUUCAGCCUCUUGCGCAACCAGUUCCUGACAGAAAGAAAGAAAGCCGAGAAGCAGGUGGCCAGCCUGAAGGAAGCCCUUAAGAUCCAGCGGAGCCAACUGGAGAAGAACCUUCUGGAGCAAAAGCAGGAGAACAGCUGCAUGCAGAGGGAGAUGGCAACCAUCGAACAGGUGGCCCAGGACAACCACGAGCGGGCCCGGCGCCUGAUGAGGGAGCUCAACCAGAUGCAGCGCGAGUACGUGGAGCUCAGGAAACAGAUGACAAACCAAAAGGAUUUGGAAAGAAGACAGAUGGAAAUCAGUGAUGCGAUGCAAGCACUUAAAUGUGAGGUGAAAGAUGAAAUCCGAACCAGCCUGAAGAAUCUCAACCAGUUUCUUCCAGAACUGCCAGCGGACCUGGAGGCCCUUCUGGAAAGGAAUGAGAACCUUGGAGGAGGCUUGGAGAGCUUGAAAGAGAAUUUCCCGUUUACCGUGAGCGACAGACCAUCAUCUUGCGAAGAGAAACUGAAUUUUGGCCAGGCUCACGUGGCGGAUGAACAGUGGCGGGGAGAGGCACUCCGGGAGAAGCUGCGCCACCGCGAGGACCGGCUCAAGGCCCAGCUGCGCCGCUGCAUGUCCAAGCAGGCCGAGGUGCUGAGCGAGGGCCGGCGGCGCACGGAGGGGACCCUGCACAGCCUGCGGCGGCAGGUGGACGCCCUGGGCGAGCUGGUCACCAGCACUUCCGGGGACUCCGCGUCCACCCGCAGUCUGUCGCGCACCGAGGGCUCGCUCGCCGAGGACGAACCGCCAGGGCCCAGCCAGAGCUCCCGGCGGCUCCCCCGAGGCCCGUCGCCGCGGCUGGACGCGCACCGACCCUGAGGACCCGGAGGACCCGGAGGCCCGGCGUCCCCUCGGAACGCUUCCUCCGCGUCCGCGGACACCAGGCUCACGGGAAGGCGCGUCCAUGCGGGAAGAGCCGCGAGCGGAACCCGGAUGCCCGGGCUGGUCUCUGGGCCUUGGAAACGUGUUGCCGUAAAAGCAGCGCCCGCGGCUGCGGACUUGAAGCCCCGAACUGGUAAACUCGGCGGCUGCCGGGCGAACUGUACUCAGGACUUUUUUCACGGACACCGUCAGAUUUUAUUUUUGGAAAUCUAUUUUCAUAUGAAAAUAAAAGAUAAAAGCGCCUGUCA